AUGCAGCAUUCGGGCAAGUGGAAUGAUGUGGUUCCCCACGCCAGCAAAACCCCCCAGCAGGUGGUACCGAUGCCUGCUUGCUCCUCCGUUGUCAUUGCCCUUCCGUUUGUCGCCAAUACGAUUUCCAUCCAAAGCACCUCGUCCGACCUCCCCGACUCGCCUACUGGCAUGUCCAUGACGAAAGAUCAAGUGAUUAAGUCGUCAGUUGGGUUCAUGUACCUUGCGUUGACGUUGGCGUCAACCAGGCAUUACCUCACGAUGCUGUCUCCAGUGAUGGCCAAUGAUUUGUGGUGGGCGGGUUUCAAUGCGUCUAGGGUGCAGUCGUACCUCAUUGACGAGUAUAAUGUCCCCCCUCUUGUGAUCAAAGCCCAAACCCUUUGA